AUGGCAGACCUGAAGCAGCUGGAGAUGCUCUGCCAGGCUCUCUACGGAGGCCAACAAGCACACCAGAACGAAGCUCAUAAAGUACUGAUGCCAUUGCUCAGAGAUGUGCAAAAAAUACCAGUGUUAUACGAAAUACUCGCAAAUAGCACAAAUCUACAGUCCCUGUUGUUUGCUUCCUCAGGCCUAGUAACGUUGUUCACGAACCACUGGUCCCAAAUCACGGAACAGUCGAAAAAGGAGAUGAGAGAAUUCCUACUCAACUACCUGUACAACAGAGGCCCUGAGAUGCUGAAAGUAGCGCCAGAAGUGUUAAGACAAUUUAUCCACUUGUAUUCCAGAAUCGUAAAACUGGGAUGGCUGGAAGAAAUAAACAACCAGCAGCUGAUCAACCACGUAUCACAGUUUUUAUCAGCCUCUACACAACACUGGAUAAUCGGACUAAACAUAUACACGGACCUGACGCAGGAGAUGCAGCCUCAGAUGGGAAAGUUUAUAGCCAAGUACAGGAGAGGAGCGCUCAAUUUCAAGGAGACAGUACUGCAAGACAUAUUCACAGUGACAAUACAGACGCUGGAACAGUUCAACAAGGGCACGAUGGUGGUAAACGAUCUCAAGGAGGAGAGUCAGCUGCUGUACCAGAUACUGCAGCUGUGCUACAACUGCCUGAGCUUCGACUUCAUGGCGACGAUGCCGGACGACACUUCGGAGGAGCAGGCGACAGUGAUGAUUCCGCAGGGCUGGGACAUGCUGAGAACAGACGAAGUCCCGAAGCUGCUCUUCCAGCUGUACCACAAGUCGCUGGGAAAGGCGACGAUGAACACGCCGACGAACGCGUCAUACUACGGAAUGGAGGGGAAGUUCAUGAGCUGCUGCACACUGUGUCUGAGGUGCCUGGUGGUGCUGGCGGCAAUAAGGAAGUCGUUCUUCAACAACGAAAACGAAGCGCUGGGACACAUCAACUGCUUCAUGCUGGGCAGUCUGGACAUCAUAAGAAAUAAAAUGGGCCUGUCGAACGACGACUGCUACCACGAGCUGUGCAGACUCCUGGGAAAAAUCAACGCGGCGAACCAGCUGUCGCAGCUGCUGCAGAGCAACGUCUUCCCGAUAUGGUCAGAACAGCUUUACAACUUCACGCUCGAGGCGCUGGCAAACUGGACGCACAUGACGAACAGCAAGCACUACCUGCUGGGAGUGUGGGCGCACAUGAUAGUGCCGCUGGGGUACAUGAAGGGGAAGGCGCCGACGGUGCUGGAGAACAACAUCCUGCAGAUCACGCUCGAGUUCCUGAACACGAGGCUGAAGAUGGCGCACCUGCUGGUGACGAACCCGGGAGAGCUGGACUUCGAGAACCCGCUCGACGAUGACGUGCUGAGGAACGAGCAGAGCGACCUGUUCAGCAGGCUCUGCAGAAACCAGUACAGAGUGGUGCUGAACCACGUGAUGGAGCUCUUCACGAACCUGAACAGCAACCUGGCGAACGAGGACGUGCUGGUGGUGCAGGAGAAGCUGUCGUGGCUGGUGCUCUUCAGCGGCGCAAUGCUAAACGGAAGCAGCUCCCUGCGCCUGGUGGGCGACGAAAAGACCACGGCCGGCUGCAUACAGACGCUGAACAUAGAGCUCGUGGGCAGGGUGUUCCAAAACAUCGCAAACUCGGAUAAAAUGGCGGAAAACGUGCACCUAGAGCUUAGUUACCUGUGUUUCCUGGGGCACUUCAGGAAGUUUUACAUAAGUGAACACACCAAGGGCACAAUUUCAGGCGACAACAAGGAGAGGUUUGCUCAGUUGCCGAAUUUGCCGCCGGGUGUUGACGGAUCGCAAUACCUGCUGAAUCGAAUGAUUGAAAAGGUAUUUUACAACUUGCAAAACAGAACGAGCGACGAAAGAGUGGUGAAGAAGACGCUGCAGUUCUUCUCAGACCUGUCCUCGGGAAUCGACAUCGUGCAUUACGCGGACAGGUCGCCGCACCUGAUAGUGUCGGCGAGGCUGAUACUGCAGUGCGAAACGCUGAGGUUCGCACUGCUGAACCACCACGACACGUCCUUCAAGUUCCUGUUUAACCCAGCAUACGGAAGGUACAGGACGAUCUACUACGCAAUCCUGACGAAGCUGCUGCUGCUGGAGAUAGCGGACGAGCAGGACGCGAACGAAAAGUUUAACAUAUAUAUGCAGUACCACAAUAACCUGAUCGACCAGGCGAACAGCCUCUUCAACGCGAACGCGUCAGCAGGCUCGCCGACGGCAAUGGUGUCGAACGCAGAGUUCAAGGGCGUCAUCGUGGGAUUCAUGAGAGACCUGCGAGGAAUAUGCAAGAGCUGCGUCUCAGUGGAGUCGUACCAGCUCUUCUUCAACUGGAUCAUCAACACGCCGAAGCAGAUCAACAACUGCAGGUUCAACAUCCUGAAGAGAGUGUGCGAGCUGUGCUACAACGACUACCAAGUGAUGCUGCCGCUCAUCAAGUUCCUGGCGGAGCUGCUGGACAACAAGGGAAGGAGAAUCACGUUCGACAAGACGUCGGCGAACGGGCUUCUGCUCUUCAAGGAGUCCUCGUACAUCGUCAUCUACUACGGACUGAAGCUGCUGGACCAGCUUAACGCGCUGAAGAGCGGAAGCCCGAGCAGUCUGGGCUACGCGCUGGGAGGCGGCGUGAACAACGAGACGGAGAUAUACAAGAAGUACUACAAGAGCAUCAGCUACUGCCUCCUGGUGCUGGUGCACACGCUCGGCGGCGACUACAUCAGCUUCGGAGUCUUCGACAUCUACGGAGACAACACGCUCGACCAGGUGCUGAGCCUGUCAUUCCAGCUGAUCCUGGCGAUACCGCUCGACGACCUGCAGUCGUACCCGAAGUCGAUGCACCCGGUCUACUCAUUCCUGGACCUGGCGACGAAGCUCUUCAUCGACAACAUGCUCGCGAUGGAGAGCGCGAGCGUGAGCAGGCUGCUGAACAUCGGGAUCGAGGGGCUCUGCAGCUACGACUCGAGCAUCAGCCUGAGCAGCGCCUCGCUGCUCGACAACUUCGUGACGCACGUCUACAACAACAAGGCCAAGGAGCAGGCGCUGAAGUUCCUCGCGCAGGAGAACGCGAUCCUCGUGAAGUGCAUGGUCCUCAUGUUCAACCUGCUCACGCGCGGCGACUCGAACUCGGCGUGGUCGAUCUCGAGGCCGCUCCUGGGGCUCAUCCUGCUCAACAAGAGCGAGUUCCAGAACAUUCCGCACAGCUACAUGGCGAACCUGUCGCAGCAGAAGGGCGAGAAGCUGCUCAAGUGCUUCAACAACCUCAUGCUCGGCAUCGAGGACGUGCUCACGCCCGAGAACAAGGACCUCUUCACGAAGAACGUGUACCUCUUCUCGCAGGAGGUGAAGCUGUCGUUCGUGUAG